AUAACAAAUAUUCCAUCAAGGACCUUGGAACAAUGACUCAGGAUGAAGAUGAGAGCGUACGGGCAUUUGGGAUGCGUUUCCAAAAGAUCUCCGACGUGCUGAUGAAGAAGGGGAAGAUCUCAGAGGUCGAGCGUUGUACUAUCGUCAUCGGACACUUGUCCAAAGGUAGGCAAAAAAGUAUACUUAGAGAUCUUCCGCGUGACAAGCUUGAUUUCCCAGAAGUCCUAAAGCUCGCGAUAAAGGCACAGGCAGACGAUUACAAGGACUUGGUGUGGAAAGGGAUGAGGAGACGUGACUUCUCUCUCUACAAGGACUAUGCCACUGAUAGAUGUCCCGAUUUCAAGGAUUAUCCCUGGUCGGAGAAGAAUGAGGCCGUGGCUGAGGAAGUGAAGGAGAUACGGGACAUGGUGAAGGGAUUAACGAGACAGGUUACAGAGAUUGUGACCGCCACAGGGGCCACGGCCUACUGGGACAAACCUGGAGGGCCCUAUUCACUUCGCUGGGACCGUAGGAACAACGAUCCCUGGAGGAGUGUUGAUGAUAGAAAUCCUCGGACGGUGACUGAUUAUCGUACGAGGGGAAGAGAGAGAGACGAUGAGCCAUGGCGACAUAGGGACGAUAAGAUAGACCGAGACCGUGGAGAUCGCGAGCCGUUUGUGCGAGCAAGGAGGUUGGAUGAUUACCCACGAAGCCCUCGCUAUGAGGCCGAUCGGGGUAGAGGCGACUCCCGCGGCCGAUGGGAGAGGGACGACAGAUACGAGAGAUCCGACCGAGAUGGAUAUAGGGACGACAGAUACGAGAGGUCAGGUCGAGAUGGCUACAGAGGAAGUAGAUAUGAGAGAGGAGAUCGGGACUGGGAACGACAAGGGCAGUAUGAGCAAGGAGGGUUUGGAGGAGACCGGCGCAACGAUUCGCGCGGUCGGAAUGAAAGAGGGGGAUAUGGUGUCUCAUCAGAACCAUAUCCCAAGUCGCCUGACCCCAAGGCGGCCGAGAGUUCGAUCUCUAGAGGCGCAGACGACAGGGCAUCUACUCCGAGGAAGUCAUGCGUCUACUGUAGAGGAGAAGAUCAUAUCAAGAGGGAUUGCCCGGACCUUAAACGGGCAAUAGAAGAGGGACUUGUCGUGCUUGACGACCGCAAGUACGUCAAGUGGGCAGAUGAUCUUGGAGAUGUAUCGAUGUUCCCUUCGAUGAAGGAGAAUGUCGAAGCAAGGAGAAUAAAGACGAGUAAAGGAAUGGAGCCGGUCAGGAGCCAGAGCAUCAAGAUAACCUUUGAGGGGGACAUGGCGACCACACCCAUUAGGGUGGCAGCCACCAAGUCGGCGAGAGGGUCUACAUCGAAGAAGACUGACACGGAUUACAUGAUGACGGAGAAGGACGGGCAGCAGGUCGAUGGAGAGGAGGUUAUCCUUUCGCCGCGAAAGCGGGGAGUGAAGAAGUCCUUAAUGAAAAGCUCGCUGGACGAGAUUGACACGGUCGAGCCAUUCAGGCGGGCCCUUCGGCAACCCAUGCUGUGCUCUAUUCUGGAGUACCUGGCGGCAUCGAAGCCGGCUCGUGAUGAGUUACAGAUGAUCACGCGGAAGACUCGCAUACCUCUAUCGGAGGAGGGUCAGGCCCCUAAGGCGGAAGCUUCUACAGUAACGGUAACGGGGGUGACUGCCAGAGCGGAUCGCAUGGCGGCAGUCCUUCUCGAUGGAAUGGAAGGUGUGCCUCCAGACAAGUUUUAUAUACUUGGUAGCGGAGCCGUGGAGACGAUUAUAAACGAUGAAGCGGUACUCGAUGCUGUGAUUGAUAACGACAGUGAGGCUGUCAUCAUAGACGAGGACCUGGCGGUACAAGUUGGACUGGGCCUCGAUAGGUCAUACCUAUUCGAGAUAGAGACGGCUGAUGGGAGAAAGCAACAGAUCACUGGGGUUUGUCACAAGGCAGCCAUAGAGGUCCAAGGGGUGCGAGUGACCCUACCUGUCUUUGCAGUCAAGAACUGCAGCUCCGACCUGCUCUUGGGUCGAACGUCGCUCAGCCACGUGCAUGCGGUGACGAUAGAGCGACCUGAUAGGAGCCAAACAUUGUCCAUUAAGAAGCCAGACGGGACGCGGGUAAUGAUUGAGACGGUGGAGCCUCGGGACCCGAGGAACAGAGCAGCUCUCGUUGUGGGUGCAAGACCCACUGAUCAGAUUAAGUCGUUGCCUAUCUCCAGCCGCGCGGUGCGAUUUCGCGAGAAGAAAUAUGGACCACUGCUCACAGAGGAAGAAGGUCGGAUGGUGGAGGUGGAAGACUUAGGGAGUCGGCUAAUAGUGGACGGCAACUCGUACCCAAAAGAAAAAGAUGAGGAAUUUGGCGGUGUGGUAUCCGUGUCUUUUUUAAGGGCACGGCCUCCUAUGGGGCGCUACCCAAGCGACACAAACGAGUAGCACAAAAAGUUAAGCCAGCGGCGGUG